CCGAGAGUAUCCGUGCGAGAAUGCCGGAGAAAUUUUUUGAGCAGUAUGAUGCAGAAGAUGUAGAAUUCCUGCUGAGAGAUUGGUGCAGAGAGCAUAAAAUCGCAACCUCUGAACGGAUGAAGAGGUUGCGGGAGCGGAAUGACCUACCCCAUUGUGCGGGAUCUAAAAGUUAUGCCAGAUUUAAUCACGAGGAGGCAUGUACAUCUGGCACGCCCCCCACUCGCGCCGCGUCGUUCAUGAAGACCCACACAAAGAAGGACGGCACUUUCGUGAACGACCGUACACGGGUCUUAUGCGAGAGGAUGACGCAGAGUUUAGCCAGUGAUCCAGCCGCCACGCAAAGCGUCUCCGCAGACACGGUGCGUUGGGCACCGAACGACGCUUACGAACAGGCGAUUGGGAGGCCUGAGUAUGCAGGGAGGGUUCGGCAGGUUGGCCCGAACGUCACACCUGUUCGAGGGACAUGUUUUUCAUAUAGGCCUCGGUCACAGGGGGGACCAUCUCAGGGGACGUCUCGGGAUUGGGCCGAACAGUCUCGGAAGAUGGAAGAGAUGCAAGCGGAGCUACAUGCUGAGCGAGCGAGGAAUGACCGGUUGGAGCAGCGCGUGCAACAGUUCGACGGCAUAGAGCAGCGCUUGCGAGAGAUGGAGGUCUUCAUGUCCUCCAUGGCAGUACCAGCACCAUGUGUUGGUAAUCAGUCUUCUCCUGCACACGUAGGUAGUACGUCGUCCGUUGGUAGUGCAUCUGCAGGUAAUUCGACAACGGUUGGUACGUUGUCGCCUGUUGGACGACAGCUGAGCCAGCACUCCACUGUCGCUACACCUUCGCCCGCUACACCAUUCAUUGCGCAGCAAUCGCCGGUGGGCGAGAACACGCCUGGGACGGUACCUCGUGAUUCGCAGAGACGCCUUUCAGAUUUGUAGAUAUUUUGUGUAAUUAUUUUUUGUUCGUAAAUAUUUGCUUGUUAACGAAUAUGUUAUUAAUUAUUUGUUUGUGUAGUA